CCUUUCCUCAUCUCUAACUGAUUCUUUCCACUAUGUGCAGGAUUAAGCAUCUAGGCCAAAGAGCUGUAUUUGUGGCCUCGAGAUGGUCAGCAAGAUCUUUGCUUGCCCUGCUGUGUUUACUGAUUGACAAACCCUACUGGCAGCUUACUCCCUGAGUGGAUCUGCUGUUCCAAAUGGAUUGUGAAAUUAGGUUUGACCAUGUCCCCACUGCCACAAUUCAAGACACUUAUUUGUCUGUUGUUAUGACAAAUAGCUUUACAUUGAUACACUUCUAAUUGUCAGCUCAUUGUGACUGAAAGGUGAAAGUCAGCCUUAAGUCUGGAUUGCUCAGAAUGUCAUGCUUUUAAGACUUAAAGCUGUCAUCACAUACAAUACCAUGCUGGUUUUGAACCUCUGAAUUGGUAAACUUGGUAUAUGAUCUUCUGAUCAUAUAUCUUCCAGAUAUCUUCUGGACAGAUUUUUCAUUACAAAUGACACUGGCAUCAAAUCCUUUUUUAGAAAUUCCCAACAAAUAUUACAGUUAAGAGAUUUUUACAGAUUGUAAUUACAGAUCGGAUUUUCUUCUUUUUAGCCAUGUCAUAGUAAUACCUUAUUUGGUCAUCAAGAUAUAAUUAUAUGCUACAUCCAUUGCUGGUCCCAAGUCUUAUUAGAAAUAUUGUUGCUUUUCCAAAGACAGCAAAUCCUGGUGGCCAAGGUGCUUGCCUACAGGAGAUUCCUGAGAAGAACAACACAUACACACACACUGAGCACUUUAUUAGUCAGCCAAUUAUGUGGCAGCAGUGCAAUGCAUAAACCAAGUGCAGAUACAGAUCAAGAGCUGUUCAUCAAACUUCAGAAAGGGGAAAAAUGUGAUUUCAGUUAUUUUGGCCAUGGUUGAUUGUGCCAAUGGGGCUGGAUUCAGUAUUUCAGAAAGAUCUCCUGGGAUUUUUAUGCAAGCUAUUUCUAAAGUUUCAUGUACAAUAGUGCCAAAAAUAUGGAAAAAUAUCCCUGGCAGUGGUGGCUUAAUGGAUAAAGGCUCUAGGAUUACUGAUUAGAUGUUUGGGCCCCUGUUCAAGCCCCAGCACCACUAAGCUGUCACCGUUGGGCCCUUGAGCAAAGUCCUUAGCAUUUUCUGCUCCAGGGGCACUGUAUCAUGUGCUCUGGAUUAUGCAAAGAAAGACGUUCACUGUAAAGUAUUUGUGACAAAUAGAAAGUUCUAAUAAUACGCAAUGAGUGUCAAACUUUUAGUCAGAUCGGCAAAUGGGCAGAUGAAGCCAGUGAAAAGAUUUUCCAGUCAAUAAUUCCCCACUUAUGAUGUAUAUGUGCCCAUUAUUGUCAGGAACAGCUGGACAGUUCCCUGCCAGGCCCAGAGAGGGCGCUGGCAGGUGAACCUUGGAAGCCUGCUUCUUUGUGUGUCCUUUGUUACGCCCUUCCUAUUGUUCCUAUCCUGAUUGUGUCACCUGUAUCCCAUUAGCCCUAAUGUCUACCCCUAUAAAUAGGGAUCCUUGUGUUUGUGUCCUUGUCCAUGAUUGUUAUCUGUACCGUGGUUUCUGUUGGGGUUUUGUUUGCUAGGUUCCAUGUCCAAGCUAAGGUCUAGGUUUUGUUUUCGUUUUGUUUAGUUUAGUUUAGUUAACCAUGCCAUGUCUAGUGUUACGUUUGUUUCCCUAUGUCGCGUCUUAAAUGUAAUAAAAGCAGUGCUUCGCUGAAUCCUGCGCAUGGGUCUCAUUACACCGUGUGUUGGAAUGCGCACACACACCACGGGCGUCUGGGGUCGAGCCCCGCAUAGGGCGGGGGUCCCAGACGUUACAGAAUCAUGGACCAUUUCUGAGACCCAGCGGGAUUCCCAGCUAGUUCCUGUCUUCGGUAAGGAUUUGCAGUCUGCUGGCUAGAGCCCUGGACAACCGGUGGAUGGCAUCCGGCGGAUAAUUUUCCCCGUUUCCCCAGGGAGGUGUCCCCAUCUUCGUUAUGGUCAAGGACGUCGCUCCCUCAGGGAAUUUACAGGGAGGACGUUACUCGACUUCAGGCCAUGGGGGGCACCCCCUUUUUAUCGGUCCCACUGGAGGCGGGCUUCCACCACCUUGUCAGCCGGGGACGCCGCUCCGCGAUGGAGUUUCCGUGGAGGACGUCGCUCGGCACCACGGGUGGAAGACGCUUCCCUCCCGUUUCUUUCCAGGGCCGGAUGUCAACUUACCCCUGGGACCUGGGGCAUCGCCUUAGACUGCAUUUAUGAAUUACAUCAGGCCUUGCAUCUCCCCUCUAUGAACUACAUCUUCCGCCUACUCUUGAGGCGUCCCCUAGGCGGAGGUUGGGCGCUUCGGGAGCUGCGCCGUAGAGGAGGGGGUUAUGUCAGGAACAGCUGGACAGUUGGAACCUUGGAAGCCUGCUUCUUUGUGUGUCUUUUGUUACGCCCUUCCUAUUGUUCCUAUCCUGAUUGUCACCUGUAUCCCAUUAGCACUAAUGUCUACCCCUAUAAAUAGGGAUCCUUGUGUUUGUGUCCUUGUCCAUGAUUGUUAUCUGUACCGUGGUUUCUGUUGGGGUUUUGUUUGCUAGGUUCCAUGUCCAAGCUAAGGUCUAGGUUUUGUUUUCGUUUUGUUUAGUUUAGUUAACCACGCCAUGUCUAGUGUUACGUUUGUUUCCCUAUGUCGCAUCUUAAAUGUAAUAAAAGCAGUGCUUCGCUGAAUCCUGCGCAUGGGUCUCAUUACACCGUGUGUUGGCAUGCGCACACACACCACGGGUGUCUGGGGUCGAGACAUGUCUGGGACCCCCUAUGCGGGGGUCCCAGACAUUACAAUUAUAGCCUCAGACUUUUUUUUUUGGCUAAUAGGAGUGGAACCUGAUGUGAUCUUCUGCUGUUGUAGCCUAGCUACCUCAUGGUUUACCACAUUAUGCAUUCUGAAAUGCUUAACUGCUCACCACAGUCGUAAAGAGUGUUUGUUUGAGUUACCAUAGCCUUUCUGUCAGUUUGAAACAUUCUGACUAGUCUUCUCUGAUGGCCCCUGUGCACAAAGAAAUGUUUGCCAAGGGUGGUAUAGAAGAACUCAAGAGAGAGCCCUGACCUAAACCACACAGAAACCACUUAGGAUGAAUUUAGACACUAACUGCAUACAAGGCCAUUGAUGUUUCCACUAUUUGUUCAGUCUUGAUGCAUCAAGUUUAGAUGUUAUUGUACAACAUUUUGAAUAAUAUAACAUUUUAAUAGUGUGAUUAGUAUGAGAGCCUUUUGUCAUUAAUUGGAUUGGUACUUUAAAAUCAAGCUUGUCCCAGGACCAUUUGCCUUCAUAUUUCAUUGUGGAAAUGGUCUUAUUGGGAACAUAUGUAAAACCCUUUCUCUAUGUGUAAAAACCAUGAUUACUGCUAAAUAGUUCUGUUUUGUUUACACUACCAUCGGCAGAGGUGAGAAUCCCUUAGUCUUUAGUUAAGCAGUUGAGUUCCCUACAUCCACUUAUAGUGAGGACCCUUGAAAGUGCCACCACCAAGUAUGCACCUACGUACAUAGGUUAGCACUGUGGCUUCUUACACCUGCGAACAUUGCUCACUGUCCUGAUUUUACUGCCCAUCUGAAUGAUGAUGGCAGUGGCUUUAGGAAUUCCCCUACUUGCUUGAUAAAACUGCAAGCAUUUCACAAAUAGGUCAUCUGCCACAACUUGACCAAGGGUUACUGAAAUUGUGGCUGAAUUUUGUCCUUGUCUCUAUAAGGGAACACAGGCUUCUGACAGGGAAAGGAAUUUCUACCAGAAGAAGUCCCAUUGAGGCUGCUUCUCACUAGACGGUGAUAAUCACAGAUGCCUUUCUUACAGACUGGAGGUUGCCAUAUGGGUACUGGGAGCAGGUGGAAUUGAGGACAGGCCAUUUUGUCAUGUUUUGCUAUGUUUUUGUGCACUGAUACAACAUUGUGACAGUCAGUUAUAAGAGUGAUCCAGAUUGUAUGAAGGCAGGUGAUUUGUUUCACCUUGUACAAUUUCAAUUCAACUGCCAGGGUUAUGUGACAGUACAGUAGAUUAACUGUUGCUGGUAGCUCAUGUCUGAGAGAAGUUUGUCUAGACACAUGCAUACUUCCUUGUCUGUGUCAAGAUAUUAUUCCUGGUUGUAGUUCUCUUUGGCAAAACUAUUUAACCAUAUGGGAUAUGACAGCCCAUGAUUGUCCUUGCUACUUCAUUACUUCACUACUAUGUCUUUCAAAAUUUAAAAAACAAGGUCAGAAUGCUUUACAUUUGGCAUCAAGAUGAUCUGCAACACCUUUGUUUCCACUGACUGAUUUAAUGAGUGCUCAACACACUGGCAGCUUCCAGCUUGUAACAUAUUUACAAGUUUUGAAGUGUUUUUAGUAUUGUCAUUAAUCAUGUUAGGUUGCCAGUUAUUUGUUACUUUUUUGUAAAUGAUGGGUUAUUCAAUAACAAAUGUGUGUCCACCAGAAAAACCUUUAUAACUCUUUAACUUUAAAUACUGAUCAAAGGGGAAAAUAUAACACAAAGUUAAAUUAGUGGCCAGAGAUAAACACAUAGCUUCCCCUAUGCAGUAGAUCAUACUGUGGGUUGAGUUUAAAUGUGGCAGAAGGUAGAGUAGUGGGCACUACUACAACAUCAAGCUGAAAGGCCAUUCAUUAGUAGAGUAGUAGCCAUGGACAACACAGCUAAGAAACUUCAACUAAAGUCAGAUGUGGGACUGAUUGGAGGAGUGUCUCUCAUUGCAGGGGUCAUGAUUGGCUCAGGGAUCUUCAUGUCCCCACAGACUGUACUGCUGAACAUUGGGAGUCCUGGGGCUAGCUUAGUAAGUUGGGCUGGCUGUGGAUUGUUGACAAUGCUGGCAUCACUGAGCUACACUGAGCUGGGAACAGUAAUCCAUGAAUCUGGAGGUGAAUACAUGUACAUACUACGUACUUCUGGCAACUUGAUGGCAUUUAUCUGUGCCUUCAUCUCUCUGCUUGUUGUGAGGCCAAGUAGUAAUACUGGACUGGCUCUCAGCUUUGCCCAGAAUGCUGUCGCACCCUUCUAUGAAGACUGUGAAAUCCCAGCUCUGGUAAUAAAAUCUGUAGCUGCUUGUGGCCUUGUGUUGUUGACCAUAGUGAACUGCCUGAAUGUGCGCUCUUCCAUGGCUGUCACCACAAUCCUCAUGGUAGUUAAGUUCCUUGCACUGGCAGUUAUUUCUAUUAGUGGUGUCGUGUCGCUUAUUCAAGGAAGCACUGAAAACCUUCAGAAUGCAUUUCAAGGGACCAGCUCCAGCACUGGUGUGAUUGGAAUGUCUUUCUAUCAGUGUCUGUGGGCCUAUGAUGGUUGGAACACUCUGAAUUCAGUCACUGAAGAGCUUAAGCAUCCUGAGAAUGGAUUCUUCUCUCACAGUCUAGGGGCUGUCUGAUGACAAAGGGAUACUGGGGCCAGGUGAGCCCCUGGAUUAAGGUGUGUCAACUGUGGAAUUAAAAUUCUACUGUACUCACUACUAAAAUCUGACUCCAGCUCCACACUGACCCGACAGCUCAGUCUAAGUGAGACUCAUAGUUAGUAAGGCCUCAAAACUAAAUAAGCCAAUCAAGCAGACUAGAUGAAUGCAGAUAAGAGAUUUUAUUUUGUAAUCAGCACUGACACAAGAAUUGAGAUGCUCAGGCAUGAACGUCCCAACAACCUCUCUCCGGGGAACUCCAACUACAGCCUUUAUAUACAUUUCCCUUAUCUUCCCAAUGCAACACGUCACUGGUUCUUUGCCUAGACAAUCCCACCCAUCUUUCUUUUUUUAGAUCUUUUAGACUCUUUUUUUACACCAUUAUCUUUGAAUUUACAACUUUUCAAAUACCAUUAUAAUUAAAACUUCCCUACAUCAUUAUAUUAAAAAUUGGGCGUUUCCGCCCCCACCAGUGGGAUUGUCUACGGCCUCACUCUUGCCAACACCUCAUUCUUCUUCAGGAGACAGCAUGGGUAAGUUCUCAGUCCUUCAGGGCCAACACCCUUCCUUUUAUUACACUCUACACUUCACGGCUUUUCUGAUUUAUCCGCUGUCUUCUACGUAUGUACUCUAGAUAUUUCGCCUGGUACCACCAUUGCCAUCCAGCACGCACUGCGUUUACUUCAUGAUGAGAUCACUGCCGCUCCAGGUACCAGCGGAGCGAAGAUUGACCAUAAUAAUCUAGGGCGCAUCUCUGCCAUUGAUUGGUCCAAGUUUGGAAAGCCUGGUACCGCAGAGAAGGCCUGCCAGACUGACAUCAUUGAUACAACUAUUUGUUCUUCAAAGCCCUUGCAGCCUGUGUGCAAGGCCCGUGACAGGCCAACAUGCCGUGUUAAACCUUAUAUUGUUCUUAAGCUCAAACGACCUAACGAAUAAACCUUACCUGAGAACUCA